AUGACGAACCAACCAUCGACCGCGACAUCGGGGUACCUCGACGACCUCUCCCCCACCUCUCUACUCUCGCAUCUCCAUCUCCACUCCUCGGCCGGUAGGACACGACACCAGCGUGCGCGCACACAUCGUCGUCGCUCCUCGUCUUCCUCAACACGAUCCGAUGUGGACGACGACGACGACGACGUCGAGAGCGAGAGCGAGAGCGAGGCGAGCGAGGCGGAAUCGAGGGAUAGCUGGGACAGCUACGACAGCGAAGAGGAACGCAGGCUCGCACAGCUCGAGUGGGACGAGGGCAUCCGCCAGCUCCAACUCACCGUACAGGUCCUCCUCUGUCCCUUUUUGGGAAAGUACCUCGGCAGACAGUGGAGCUAUUGGGCGUUCGCGAGGUACAGGCGCUUUGGCGGCCUCACGGCCCGCUUCUUUAGCAUAGACUGGCUCCUCAAACCCGCCACCAACCUCUCGAGCAUCCUGCCAAAGUCGAACUAG